GUAUGAGGUGGGGCAGGGCAAGAGCUACACGCCGAGCUCGGACGACGUGGGCCACAUUCUGAAGCUGGAGUGCACGCCCAUGGACGCCAAGACGCGCCAGCCGGUGGCGGCGCCCUCCACGCUGCUCACCUCGCGCGUGAUCCCCGCGCCCUCGCCCACCCCGCGCAGGAUGGUGUCCAUCUUUGGGGAGGGCACGUCCGAGAUCGGGGAGCGAUUGAUAAAGCCGGGGACUUUCACGGUGGUGUCGUACAAUGUGCUGGCGGACCUGUACGCCACCAACGAGAUGUACAGCUACUGCCCGCCGUGGGCCCUCUCGUGGGCGUACCGUAAGCAGAACCUGCUCAAGGAGCUGGUGGGCUACCGGGCGGACAUCCUCUGCCUGCAGGAGGUCCAGAGCGAUCACUACGAGGAGUUUUUUGCUCCGGAGCUCAAGAAGCACGGGUAUGCGGCCGUGUACAAGAAGAAGACCGGCGAGGUGAGCCAGGUGUACACGGGGUCGUCAUACGCCAUCGACGGGUGUGCCACGUUCUUCAAGGAGUCGCGCUUCUCGCUAGUCAAGAAGUACGAGGUCGAGUUCAACAAGGCCGCGCUGUCCCUGAGCGAGGCGCUGGGCCCCGCCGCGUCCAAGAAGGCGGCCCUCAACCGCCUGCUCAAGGACAACGUGGCGCUCAUCGUGGUGCUGGAGGCCAAGGAGCACGAGGGCGCAGACGGGCCCCUGCCCGGGCAGAGCAAGAGGCAGCUCCUCUGCGUGGCCAACACGCACAUCCACGCCAACCCGGAGUUGAAGGACGUGAAGCUGUGGCAGGUGCACACGCUGCUCAAGGGCCUCGAGAAGAUCGCGGCCAGCGCCGACAUUCCCAUGCUAGUCGCAGGGGACUUCAACAGCGUCCCCGGAAGCUGCCCGCAUUCGUUGCUGGCGACGGGCCGCGUGGAUCCCGCCCACCCGGAGCUGGCCACGGACCCGCUGGGCAUCCUACGGCCGGCUACCAAGCUGCAGCACCAGCUGCCGCUGGUGAGCGCGUACGGAGCUUUCGCGCGUGUCCCGGGGCCAAACGGCGAGGCCCUCCGGCGGAAGAUCGACCCUGCUACACAGGAGCCCCUCUUCACCAAUUGCACGAGAGACUUCCUGGGGACACUUGAUUACAUCUUCUAUACAGCGGACUCGCUGCAGCCGGAGGCUCUGCUGGAGCUGCUGAACGAGGAGGACCUCCGGAAAGACACGGGCCUGCCCAGCCCCGAAUGGUCGUCGGAUCACAUUGCUCUGCUAGCAGAGUUUAGAUACAAGCCCAGACAGAGAAGGUGA